AUGUUGGAUGUAUGUGUAAACAUUUACUUGGAUGACAUCCUCAUCUACUUGGAAUCCCUUGAACAAUAUAUAAAACAUGUAACCACAGUAUUAACCAGGCUAAGAGAGAACCAACUCUAUGCUAAACCAGAAAAGUGUAUAUUCCAUACACAGGAUAUAUCCUUCCUUGGUUACAGGAUUACGGCAGAAGGUAUCAAUAUGGAAGACACCAAGAUAACCUCUAUCACCAGUUGGCCACAACCAACCACUGUAAAAGAACUUCAGAGUUUCCUUGGAUUUUCAAAUUUUUAUUGCAAAUUUAUUAAAAACUUCUCUUCUAUAGUAAAACCUCUCACAAGACUCACAGGGAAGGCUACAGCUUUCGUUUGGACACCAGAAGCACAACGAGCAUUUGAAUCACUUAAGGUGAGUUUUACAACCGCACCGAUUCUCCAUUUCCCAGACACAACUUUACAGUACAUCCUUGAAGUGGAUGCGUCUGAGUACACGAUAGCAGCUAUUUUAUCACAAUGA